AGUCGGCGGCGGCCAUGGCUCCGAGCGCGCAGGCCGGCGGCGGCCGCGGGCAGGCCCCGGGCUCGGGGCUCCGCCAGGGCAUCCGCGCCGUGUUGCUGGGGCCGCCCGGCGCCGGCAAGGGCACCCAGGCACCGAAGCUGGCUGAGACCUACUGCGUCUGCCACCUGGCCACCGGGGACAUGCUGCGGGCCAUGGUGGCCUCGGGGUCCGAGCUGGGCAAGCGGCUCAAAGAGACGAUGGAUUCAGGGAAGCUGGUGAGCGACGAGAUGGUGGUGGAGCUGAUUGAGAAUAACCUUGACUCCCCUCCUUGCAAAAAUGGCUUCCUUCUGGAUGGCUUCCCACGCACUGUGAAGCAGGCAGAAAUGCUGGAUGAGCUCCUGGAGAAGAGGAGAGAGAAGCUGGAUUCUGUCAUCGAGUUCAGCAUCCCCGACUCCUUACUUAUCCGGAGAAUCACUGGACGGCUGAUUCAUCCGGCAAGUGGCCGUUCUUAUCAUGAGGAGUUCAGACCCCCGAAAGAGCACAUGAAGGAUGAUGUCACUGGAGAGCCUCUGAUCCGCCGUUCAGAUGAUAAUGAAACAGCCUUGAAAACCCGCCUGAAGGCCUAUCACACGCAGACCUCCCCGCUGGUCUCCUACUACAGCAAGCGAGGGAUCCACACAGCUGUGGACGCCUCCCAGUCUCCCGACGUGGUGUUUGCUAGCAUCCUGGCAGCCUUCUCGAGAGCAACAUCAAGUUUCCCUGGAGCAGUCUGUUUUCCUCCCCAUUCUGAUGACACUCAUGGGGCAGAGAAAGAGCGGGUGAGAGAUGGGGCUUUUCAGACUCGUCGUCUCAGGACCCCUAAACCUUUUCCAGUUGAGAUGUGGACCUCCAAUACAACAAAUGAAUGUCAAGCCAUGCCUCCUCCACCAUGGCACUACUGCUAUCGCUGGCCUUUGCCUGCUGCUGUUCUCCACUCCUACCCUGUCCUGUCCCUUUCCAUGGUUUCCAGUAUCUCUUUAAGAAGAACUGCAGUGGAUGAGACCAAGUGAGGCCCUGGGAGGUGGAGGACCAGGAGAUGGGAUUCCCCCUUCUGUUGCUGUGGCAACUGUUGCGAAGGGAAGUGGCAAACCCCCGAGACUGGAGAGGUGUGAUGGGGAGGCUGCCUGGCUGCAGAGGAGUGCGAUGGGGAGGCUCUGUGGCCGUGGAGGCAGGGCUGCAGUGACAUCACGCCGGGGAGGUGGUGCAGAGCAAAGGCGAGUGGGAAAGGGAGAGCGAGGGAGACUGCAGAAGGAAGGGAGCUGCAUCACGAGUGAGCUCCAGGGCGAGGUCACUGCAAGGAGUGGAUUCUACCAAGGCAGCAGGGACGCAGCGAAAUGCAAGCCCCAGAAUUGCGGCGCCUGCUCUACUACAAAGCAAAAUAGGUCGUGCAUCAGCAAAUGAAAAAGGACAGAUGGUGCCUGCUAAUACAGCUUAGUUUAUGGCCUGCAGGAUUAACCCACUAGUUGUCAUGCCUGCAGAAGACAGGAAAUGGGUGGGCCGGAUGGAGGAAAUGUGUGGUGUGCCCAGCCCCACCUGUGUUUGUAGGAUGCACUGUCUGGAAAGGAUGUCAGAGAUGUUGCGAGGUUUUGAGAGCUGCUUAAGGCCUGCCAGUUUCUCUGCUUGGGUCUGGGCACUAGAGUUGGUAUCUAGUACCAAGCCUUCCCAUCUAGCUCUAGUUGUCACACUCCCUCUGCAAAUGUCAACACCAUAGGGAGACAGACACCGAGCCAUGCAGGGACCCUCAGCAGAGGCAGGGACAGCGUUUGAGGCCCGCUCACUGAUAAUCUCCGUGCAGGAGAAGCCCACAGUUUCCUGCCAUGUGCCAGCAGGGGGCAAGCCUCCAGGUCAGCCUUUUGAACUCCCAAGCAUCCACAUGUCUGCAGGAGUGAGAUACAACGCUGAAGCAGAAGCCUCAGGUCUUUCAAUGCCUUCUCUGUGACACACUGUUCUCCUUUCCUGGAAAUCAGGCCAGUGCCUCAGUCUGUUCUCAUUGCAGAAGUCAAGCUCUGUACGAGUGCUGUAGCUUCUCAGCAUCUGCUGUCUGAGGGCAGACCAAACCCUUCCCUAGUCCUUCAUGAAUGAUUCUCCUGAAAAAUUCAUGUUGAUCCAUACUGCCUCUCCUGUAGCAAAAUCUGGUCACAUCCUGAAAGAUGCUGAGUGCCCUGAACAACAGCUGCCAUCCAGAAGGAGAAAAACAUCCAGAGCUGGCACUAGACUCCUGCACUGUCACACCAUCUCUCUCUCUCUUGUGCUUGCUGCUGGCACCUGGCUCUCCCCAGGGAGUGCCCAACCACCACCAUCCUGGCACAUGGUGUGCCCUGGACAGGCAGCUGGCUCCAGCUGUCAGAGGUGUUUGUCACCCCCAUCUUCUAGCCACAACCAGCUGUUACAGGCACCACGGUUUUCUCUAGUGACUAAUUUGCCUAUGUUUAUGCCAACACCAAACACAAUAGUCUGUUUAAGACCUCGAGUGAGGAGGGAGUCUGGCUGUUCCCUCUUACUGAAGGGAUCAGACCAGCACUUUCCUGAUGGCAGCCCCUACUGUGCUAAAUCUUCUCAGUUAUAAAUCCCACAUGAUUAGGGAGAGCAGGUCACUGGUAAGAGUGAAUCGAGAGUGGGGAUCAUUGUUACUUCUAUCCCCAAAGCUGUACAGUGCAGGAUAGCAGGUGUACAAACAAAUCAGAACAGCCUGUACUUUUAUCACAGAAGGAAAUGCUUAUUUUGUAGAGGGGAAAAGCGUAUCAGAUUACUAUUACAAGUAGUUGGUUAGAGCUCCCUACCUUUACGUCAUUGCUGAAGUAGAAGGUAGUUAUCUCCGAGUCCCUUUUCAUGUUCUCCUUUCCGUGUGUAUCAGUGAUGGUGCCAAGCCCAUGGCCCACCUAGCUGGCUGAGACCUGAGGGGAAAUAGGAUGGUGGGCAACAUAAGCAUUUGAGCCUUUAAGUUCUUCCCCCUCGAAAUCUCCCUGCCUCCCACCUCUUUUAUCAGCUGCUGACAAGACUUGCAACGUGUAGGUGGCUCCCAAGCUUAUGAGAUGAUUCCCUGCUCCCCAUAUCUCCACCCGCGAGAGCAUUCAGGAUUUCAAGGAGGGGGAAUACAGUGUUCCUCUGUCUGCAAGCCUGUUUUGCAAAGGACACACAAUACUUUCAGAGUGCUCCAUGUGAAAAGUCUCUCCCAGGAUUUCACAUGACAGCAUAUUCCAUGGAAAGUCAUAGCAGCGAGUGGGAAGAUCGCUGUGCUCUCUGUGUGGGUGUUAGGAGGGAGCAGUGUGUGAUGGGAGAGGAGGUGUAACCACAAAGUGAAGCAGAGCAAUCCUCUUGGAAGAGCCUUGAAUUUCUGAUCUCAGGGCUCCCAUCUCCUGCCUUCUUUUCUUCAUUUAGAAGAAUGUCAAUCCUUGUUAAAGGAGAAAAAGGGAAUAAAGCAGAACCAUCUCUUCCUUUCCUGUACAUAUCUCAUGGGACCACAAGAAGCAAACAGAACACAAACUAACUAGAUGAACCCUGAAAGUGUGUGCAGAGUUGCACACCAGGGAGAUCUCUCUCCAGUCGCUGGUGUCUUCCCUGGAGAAAAAUGAAUGGCCGUUAAUGACAUCUCCACCUGAGAAAUGAUCAGAGUGCACAUCAUUACAAACCAGUGUUUCCCCAGGGCUGCAGAAAAUGACCCCAAUGAGCUUUAGUUCUUGAAUACACAGCUGCUACCUCAUGUAUGCAAAGCAUCCCUUACCACAGAUCUCAAAGCUCUCACGGCUAAGCUUCGCUGAACCCCUCUCAACAGACCGAGCCUGCCAACCCUGCUUUGCACAUGGGAGAACAGAGGAGGAAUCAGGGAGGCCAAUGUGUUCUUGGCACAGCUGUUCAGAACAGGGAGCCUGGAUAAGAUGCCCACACUGCAUCAUGAACAGGUUUAAAAUUACCUUUGUGCUACUUAGGUCUGUGGCGUCCUUUUGCCAUCGUCUAGAGCCCGAGAUGACAGCAACCUCCCAGGUUUGCCUGCAGGGUGUCACAGCACGUAUCUGGCCGUAUCUGUACCCUAUGACAGGGUUUGUAGGCAGGUCCUCAGAAGACAGCCCUUUGAGCCGUCACCUGCAUUUUGACACUGGUGAAUCCCAAUGCAUCUAGAUGCCUUCGACAGUACCGGCAGUCUCACCCAAGAACGGUCAAGAUUUCAACCUGCCCAGAUAGACUGCAGUUGAGUCAUCCCAGCUAUCCUGUCUGGCAAGAAGGAAGAAUUCCUCAAAGCUCUCAGUUUAAAGCUAUUCUCCUCUUUCCCUCAUUUUACCUUGUCUGUGGCUAUUUCGGAAACCAGCAACAUGAGCUAGAUAUUCUCUAAA